AUGGCGCUGCGAGCGACCGCGCCAGCCUUUCUACCGGGCCACCCGUGGCGUGGCAGCUGGAAGACGAGAAGCGCUGCCAAGCUCGAGUGCUGGAGCCUGUGCAAAGCCAUCCAGAUCCUCACUGAAGCAGGCGUCAAUGCUGCUGAGGAUUCACGGCUCCUGCGGAUGGUGCAAGGGUGCGUGGUGACGGCACACCGAAGGCUGAGGUCGAAGCUUCCGGAGCUCCACCGCGAACCACCGCAGAAACAGGAGGUGGCGACCCCGAAGGCGACGCCUGUUGUGGAGGCGACCCCGAAGGAACUCGAGCUCGAACCGCCGUGGAAGGCGACAGCUUCCAAAGAGCUAGCCGCAGCUUUGAAAGCCGAGGACGUCAGCGCCAUCGAGCGCGUCCUGGCUUCUUGCGGGUCCGUCUUGAACGAGGUGCAGAAGAACAGGGCUCGGCAGAAGCUGGCUCUGUUGGCCAA